GCCCGUCAGUCCAAGUCCGCCCGCAGCCCCCGACACCCAGCGCCAUGAACCAGAUCGAGCCCGGCGUGCAGUACAACUACGUGUACGAUGAGGACGAGUACAUGAUCCAGGAGGAGGAGUGGGACCGCGACCUGCUGCUGGACCCCGCCUGGGAGAAGCAGCAGAGGAAGACCUUCACGGCCUGGUGCAACUCGCACCUGCGGAAAGCCGGCACCCAGAUCGAGAACAUCGAGGAGGACUUCAGGAACGGCCUGAAGCUCAUGCUGCUGCUGGAAGUCAUCUCAGGGGAAAGGCUGCCCAAGCCCGACCGGGGAAAAAUGCGCUUCCACAAAAUCGCUAACGUCAACAAAGCCUUGGAUUACAUCGCCAGCAAAGGCGUGAAGCUGGUGUCCAUCGGGGCGGAAGAAAUUGUGGACGGCAAUGUGAAGAUGACGCUGGGCAUGAUCUGGACCAUCAUCCUCCGCUUUGCCAUUCAGGACAUUUCAGUUGAAGAAACCUCUGCCAAGGAAGGCCUGCUGCUGUGGUGUCAGCGGAAAACCGCUCCUUACCGAAAUGUCAACAUUCAGAACUUCCACACCAGCUGGAAGGAUGGCCUGGGACUCUGCGCGCUCAUCCACCGGCACCGGCCCGACCUCAUUGACUACUCCAAGCUGAACAAGGACGACCCAGUGGGAAAUAUCAACCUGGCCAUGGAGAUUGCGGAGAAGCAUCUGGACAUUCCCAAAAUGCUGGACGCGGAAGAUGUGGUAGACACGGCCCGGCCCGACGAGCGCGCCCUAAUGACUUAUGUCUCCUGUUACUAUCAUGCUUUCGCUGGUGCCCAGAAGCUCUUGGAGUGGAUCCGCCGCACCAUCCCCUGGCUGGAGAACCGGGCCCCCGAGAAGACCAUGCAGGCCAUGCAGAAGAAGCUGGAGGACUUCCGGGAUUACCGCCGGAAGCACAAGCCCCCGAAGGUGCAGGAGAAAUGCCAGCUGGAGAUCAACUUCAACACCCUGCAGACCAAGCUGCGCAUCAGCAACCGGCCGGCCUUCAUGCCCUCCGAGGGCAAGAUGGUGUCGGACAUCGCCGGGGCCUGGCAGCGGCUGGAGCAGGCGGAGAAGGGCUACGAGGAGUGGCUGCUGAACGAGAUCCGGAGGCUGGAGCGCGUGGAGCACCUGGCCGAGAAGUUCAGGCAGAAGGCGUCCACCCACGAGACCUGGGCCUACGGCAAAGAGCAGAUCUUGCUGCAGAAGGAUUAUGAGUCGGCGACGCUGACCGAGGUGCGGGCCCUGCUGCGGAAGCACGAGGCCUUCGAGAGCGACCUGGCGGCCCACCAGGACCGCGUGGAGCAGAUCGCCGCCAUCGCGCAGGAGCUCAACGAGCUGGACUACCACGACGCAGUGAACGUCAAUGAUAGGUGCCAGAAGAUCUGUGACCAGUGGGACAGGCUGGGGACGCUUACGCAGAAGCGGAGAGAGGCCCUGGAGAGAACCGAGAAGUUGCUGGAGACCAUCGACCAGCUGCACCUGGAGUUUGCCAAGAGAGCUGCCCCGUUCAACAACUGGAUGGAGGGCGCCAUGGAGGACCUGCAGGACAUGUUCAUCGUCCACAGCAUCGAGGAGAUCCAGAGUCUGAUCACGGCCCACGAGCAGUUCAAGGCCACGCUGCCCGAGGCGGACGGCGAGCGGCAGUCCAUCAUGGCCAUCCAGAACGAGGUGGAGAAGGUCAUUCAGAGCUACAACAUCCGGAUCAGCUCCAGCAACCCCUACAGCACCGUCACCAUGGACGAGCUGCGGAACAAGUGGGACAAGGUGAAGCAGCUGGUGCCCAUCCGAGACCAGUCCCUGCAGGAGGACUGGAUCCAGAACAAGAUGGAGGAGAUUGCCCGCAGCUCCAUCCAGAUCACCGGGGCCCUGGAGGACCAGAUGAACCAGCUGAAGCAGUACGAGCACAACAUCAUCAACUACAAGAACAACAUCGACAAGCUGGAGGGCGACCACCAGCUCAUCCAGGAGGCCCUGAUAUUUCUAGUGACAAAGAGACUGUCCACUGUAUAUUUUAUCUACAAUGUCACUGUUAGAACCCUGCCCUCGCUUCCGAGCAUGUCCCACUACAGAAUCUUGCAGAAAGCGGGCGAGUGGAGAGAGAAGCAGCGUAGGGAGGUGGGAGUCAGCCCUGCUUCUCUCGCGUUGGGCGACUCUCCCGCGAGGAGGCCGGGAGGCCAGGGCGAGGCGCCAGAAGGCCCAGAGCUGACGGCUCCUCUCUCCCGGCAGCACAUUCGCGUGGGGUGGGAGCUGCUGCUGACGACCAUCGCCAGGACCAUCAACGAGGUGGAGACGCAGAUCCUGACGAGGGACGCCAAGGGCAUCACCCAGGAGCAGAUGAACGAGUUCAGAGCCUCCUUCAACCACUUCGACCGGAGGAAGAAUGGCCUGAUGGACCACGAGGAUUUCAGAGCCUGCUUGAUUUCCAUGGGCUACGACCUGGGUGAAGCCGAGUUUGCCCGCAUCAUGACCCUGGUGGAUCCCAACGGACAGGGCACCGUCACCUUCCAGUCCUUCAUCGACUUCAUGACCAGAGAGACAGCCGACACCGACACCGCGGAGCAGGUCAUCGCCUCCUUCCGCAUCCUGGCGUCCGAUAAGCCAUACAUCCUGGCAGAGGAGCUGCGGCGCGAGCUGCCCCCGGACCAGGCACAGUACUGCCUGGGGCGCAUGCCAGCCUACAAGGGCCCGGGCGCGGUGCCUGGCGCCCUGGACUACGCGGCCUUCUCCUCCGCGCUCUACGGGGAGAGCGACCUGUGAGCCCGACGCUGGCCUGCCCACAGCAGCGAAAGACUUUGACGAGCGUGGUUAAGGGAAGGGACAGGGAGAGAUUUUGCGGCUCAGUAAUGGUUUAUGACAUAGUGUGCUUCAUCAAUAGGUUUCUUUAUUUCGGAAUUGUUAGCUAAAUGCAAUGGAAUAUCAGGGUUUUUUGGUUUGUUUCUUUGCUCAAACAAGGCAAAAUCCUUGAGUAGUAUGAAAUGAGGAGGAUCUAGGGACAGAAGAAAAGUACAAAAUGGGAAAUUCCCAAAUACCCAAGAUUUGAGAUCAGGAAGAAAAAAAUUGGGUAAAUGUUUGAUAUCUUUAAAAAUAUUCUUAAGUAGGCUUAUGUGAUUAUCGUGAGGGUAAUAUAUUUGGGAUAUUCGUGUUUUACCUUCUCAUCCAAAGAUUAGCGAUAUUUAAGUACUAUUGUUUCUUUAGUUGAAUUUAAUGUUGUGAAACGGAACUUCCAGGGAAUGGAACCAGACGACCCAAAAUAUCUUUAGUACUUAAAAAUUUUUAAAUAGAAUUUAUAGUCAGCUCUUUGUUCUUUAGGACUACGCAGUCCAGUUAGUGGAUUUCAAUGCCUUAUUUAUCGUCCAAAGUAGAGACCUCAGGAAUCACAGAAGCCGGUCUGCUUGCCAGAGAGGAAGCUGUAGUCACUAGGAAAAACGAAUGUGUUAGGAUCACGUAUUGAAUCCAGGUUUCUGUGCAUUUCCUAGAGCUUGUUAGCACGGAUUUGGAAGAGAUGACUGUAGGUAAGUGCCCUGUUUUUUAAAUAAACAGGUUUCUGUAGCAAUAGUUUACAACAGGACAUGGGUCAGAGACCGGAACCCAGAUCGCUCGCCAGGCCACACUUCGUUAAGCCCUUGACUUUCUGACCUGGUCAGGAGGAGUUAGUAGGGAAGGACUCAUUCUUAGCAGCAGUAGAGAUAGAGCUUGCAUUGCAGACCUUUACAUAUUUUGGGGGGAUGCUUUUUGUGUAGUAGGAACGACUCGACGUUUUUUGCCAGCACUCAGCGUGCGGUCACCACUGUGAUUGGUGCCGAGCCCGGGUCUGGCUCUCUCCACACCUGAGGCCCUGCCACGGAGGACACGCCAUGCUCCCAGCAUCCUCUGCUCUCUUGAAUGUUCAUCUGUUCGAAUGUUUGGGCUGCCUUAUGCUAUAACUCCCCCUCUGUUUUUCCGUCCUGUUGACAGCUUGUAGAGAAGGCAGGAAUUCUGUUUACAUCUGAGUCCUUAAUGAUCAGGAAAGGGAUUAUAAACAAACAAAAAACUGUUGCCAACAGCAAUUCAAGUGUUACUAGAAAAGCAGUCCUGUUUCUGUUGCCCACGGUCUGCUUUCUCAGAUUUUUGGUGGAUUGCCACCAACAGCUGGAAAUGUGAUAUUUUCCAUUCAUACCUGUUCGGUAACUUCCUACUCUUACUGCAUUGGCCCAUGUAGAACCCUUACCUUUAAAAAUUUCAUUUGCUUCAUUUUAUUAAGUAGUUGGUAGGUAGCAAGUUCCUGAAAUACCCGAGUCCCUGUGUGUCAUGCCAAACACUUUGGGUGAUAAGUAGAGGAACUCUGACUCUUUAUUUCCAGCAGGUGCUAUAUUCCAGCCAUAAACAUUAAGGAAACACUGGGAAGUCGUUCUGACUCUGAGGCUAUGAGGGGGACUUGGGGUGUUUUAGAAUGCGUACAGGUAGCUCAGCUGCCUAAAAUGUUCAUUGCUUUACAAUAUUCAGGCAAGAGGAUAGAUGUACUAUCUGCUAAUAAAUGAAGAAAGGAGAUAAACUCUGAAAAACACUUAAUAAACAUGUUUAUACUCUCAUCUUAGAAGAUAUUUUUAUUUCUGAAGCUGAAUUAUCCAUUAAACUUAAUUUAUAAAA